ACAUCGUCUACUUCUUCUUCUCCUUCGAUUUUCUGAAUUCUUCUAAUCAUUCACCAGAAACGAUUGUUCCCAUCCACUCAUCUAUGUUUCGUCUUCCUCAAACUCUUGAUCUGCCUCUCUUACUCGAUUUGAACUCUCAUUCUCUCUUUCUUUAUGGAGAUGACGAGGGUGGGGGUUAGUCGCCGCCGGUGAUGACGGCGGUGAAAGAGGAUAGCAACUCAAUUGAGAAGCCCGCCCACCGUUUGACCACGAAGCCCAUCUCGAGCGCUGCAUAUUAUCUGAGAAAACCCUGCAGCACUAAACCCUUUCCCAUCCUAUUUCUCCGCUCUCUCCAGCAUCGUCAGUCCACUGUCACUGGAACUCCGGUGUGAAUCCGAUAGACGGAUAUGAAGCUUCGCUUCUCCCGGAAUCUGUUGCCUCAGAAUCAUGGCCGCAAAUAUGAUUUCUCUUCUAGGGUUUUAGCGUCAUUCUUCUCCACUGAACCAGAGCAGCCACCACCACCACCUCCUCCUCCACUAUAUAAAAGAAUUGAGAGAGUUAGAGAUCCUAAAACCUCCGUAAUUCCGGUGCUCGAUCAAUGGGUAAGAGAAGGAAAUCCUGUCGGAGAACUCCGAUUUCUUGUUGCGCGUCUGAAGAGUUACAAGCGCUUCCACCAUGCUUUGCAGAUAUCGAGCUGGAUGUCUGCUCGUUGCAUUGUGCCCUUGUCAUCCAAAGAUGCUGCAACUAGGCUGGAAUUAGUCUACAGAGUUCAUGGACUAGCUGAUGCAGAAAAUUACUUCAACAACCUAUCAAAGGAAGUUAAGUGGAGAAAUGUAUACGGUGCACUUCUCUAUAUCUAUGUACAAGAAAAAUGUGUUGAGAAAGCGGAAGCAGUUGUGCAGGAAAUGAAAGACAAAAGUAUAGGCUACGGUUCUUUUCCUUUCAACCUGCUCAUCAACCUUUACUAUCAGGUUGGAGAUUUUCAUAAACUCGACCCUUUACUCGAACAGAUGCAGAAAGAGGGGAUUCCCCAUGAUCAGUACACAAGAAACAACCUAAUUUCUGCCUUUUCUGCUGCAUCUAACUUACCCCGGAUGGAAGAAAUCAUCAAUCAGGUAGAGGAGAAUCCUCAUGACUCAGGUGGUGUCUCUUGGGAUGCUUUUACAACAGCAGCAAGCGGGUAUUUAAAUGUCGGGUUGACAGACAAGGCCUUGGCAAUGUUGAAAAAAGCAGAGGAAAAGAUGCCCAAUCACCGGAGGGCCACUGCUGUGGAGUUUCUUCUUACUCUAUACACUAAGUCUGGUGAUAAAGGUGAGGUUUAUCGAGUUUGGAAUGCAUAUAAGCCAACACGUAAACAAUUUGCUAUUCGCUACGCCUGCAUAAGUAUUUGUCUGUCAAAGCUUAAUGAUCUCGAGGGAGCAGAAAGCAUCCAUGAAGAGUGUGAGUCUAAGUGCAGUGUAUAUGACUUCCGUGUACUGAAUAAGCUACUGGUAGCUUACUGCGAAAGAGGGCUCAUGGAGAAGGGUGAGUCUGUUUUGGAGAAGGCAGCAGAACGAAGAGCGUCUUUCGCAAGUUCAUGGCAUAUAUUGGCUAUUGGAUACGUGAAUCAUGGUUUGAUGGGGAAGGCUGUUGAAAUGCUGAAAAGGGCAUUGUCGGUUGGUAGAAGAUCCUGGAGACCAAGUCCGCCAAUCUUGGAUUCCUGUUUCGAGUACUUGGAGAAACAGGGAGAUGUCAGCGGAAUGGAGGAACUAGCGCAAUUGUUGAAGGACGAGGGACCUCUUUCCCGUGAUUUAUAUCGAAGAUUUGUUAGGACUUAUGUUGCAGCUGAAAAACCUCUAGACGAUGAUGAAGAGAAUAUGACUAUGAGUGGAACUGUCGCUUGAUGAAGGAAUGGUUCAUCAAUUUUUCCCCCUCAUUAUUUUGUUCUGUUAGCAGAGGGGAAUGAUUAUGAACUCGAUAGGAGAUUAACUUAUUUAGUGUUUUUUUCUGGGCUAAGAGUUUGAUCUUUGCCUGACGAAAUGAUCAGCUGGCUAAUAACCAUUUGGGAUUGACCACUUAAGCCAAGGAAGGACACACCUAGCAGGGG